GGUUCCGGCGCCGGUAUAACUCGGGGGAAGUGGGUAUGGCUACGCCGGAGCCCACCCUGUGGCUGCACAGCCCGCCUGGAGGGCCGCCCCCCAUCCCUUUGCCCCCCGCGGGCCGCAGUCUCGUGUUGGGUCGGGGUCCACUGACUCGUGUCACCGAUCGGAAGUGCUCGCGCAACCAAGUGGAAGUGUGCGUGGACCCCACGUCUGAAGUCGUGAUGGUGACGCAGCGGGGCACGAACCCCUCCACUGCGGGGAGCACCAGGCUGAGCCCCGGCUCCCAGGCCCAGCUGGCUGUCGGGGAGACGCUGCUGCUGGUGAAUGGUCAGCACCCGCUGACCCUGCUCAGGACCUCGGAGCCCCCCCAGCCCAGCCCGCCCCAGGAAACCCCAUCAGAGCCCCGCAAGAAGCGGCCCCGAGGCCCCGAAGGCUGGCAGAAGCUCGGACCCUUGCUAGUGUUCACGGCCCCAGGGGUCCGGGCCCGAGAGAAGGUGGCCGCCUUCGAUCUGGACGGGACCCUCAUCACCACCCGCUCGGGCAAGGUCUUCCCCACCAGCCCCGAGGACUGGAGGAUCCUGUUCCCGGGGAUCCCAAAGCGGCUUCAGGAGCUGGAGGCUGAUGGUUACAAGCUUGUCGUCUUCACCAACCAAAUGGGCAUCGGGCGAGGGCGGCUCCAGCCCCAGGUGUUCCAGAGCAAGAUGGAGACCGUCCUGGAGGCCCUGGGGGCCCCUUUCCAGGUGCUGGUGGCCACGGGCUCGGGCGUUUACCGGAAGCCGGCGACGGGCAUGUGGGAGCACAUGUGCCAGCAGGCCAACGAGGGGGUCCCCGUCUCCGUGGCUGACAGCUUCUACGUGGGAGACGCCGCCGGCCGGCCGGCCAACUGGGCUCCGGGCCGCAAGAAGGACUUCUCUUGUGGGGACCGGCUGUUUGCUCUGAACCUCGGCCUGCGGUUCUUGACUCCGGAAGAGUUUUUCUUGGACUGGACCCCGUCCCGCUUCACCCUCCCAGACUUUGACCCGAGAAGUCUGAGCCCCACGGGGCCGCUGUGCCUGCCCCCCGCUGGGCCUCUCGUGGGCCCCGGCCCCGAGAUCGUCGUCGCCGUCGGUUUCCCCGCAGCCGGGAAGUCCACGUUUCUCCAGGAACACCUGGUGGCGGCAGGCUACGUCUACGCAAACCGGGACACGCUGGGCUCUUGGCAGAAAUGCGUGGCCGUGUGCACCGAGGCCCUCAAGGCCGGGGGCCGCGCCGUGGUGGACAACACCAACCCCGACCCCGCCAGCCGGGCCAGGUAUAUCUCGUGUGCCAAGGAGGCCGGGGUCCCCUGCAGAUGCUUCCACUUCUCGGCUUCGCUGGACCUGGCCCGACACAACAACCGGUUCCGAGAGAUGACGGGGUCCCCGCACCCGGCAGUGUCGGACAUGGUCAUGUUCAGCUACAGGAAGCAGUUCGUGGCGCCCUCCCUGGCCGAGGGCUUCUCGCAGAUUCUGGAGAUCCCCUUCCGCCCCCGCUUCUCCGACCCCCAGCACGAGGCCCUCUACCGCCAGUUCUCCGAGGGCUGAGGCCCCGCCCCCGCCCCCUCCCCAAUAAAAGCUAUUUUCACGGCA